CCAGUCUGCUUUUAAAAGACCCGAGGAGACUAUAAAAGUGGUUUCAUGCCCGCUGCAGUAAAGGCUCGGCUCGAAAUGUGCACAGACAGACGGAGGUAGGCAGAGCAUAUAGAGAAAGGAGGAUAACACACACUAAACAACACCCACCCGCCCACGCACACACAUUCUGUUGAAGGUUUAUUUUCAGAUGUGGGCGCUCUGUCAUAGGUAGAGACAAACGAGAAGCGUGAGUUCAUGGGGCGGCAUUCUUCUUUAGUUCACUUAGGAUUUCAAGACAGACAAAUACACGCCUGUCAGGCAUCGUGUGUGUGUGUAGUCUACAGAGGUGCAUGUUUGCUACUUUACUGAAUAGGAUGCGCGUAUUCUCUAGCCGACCCGGUGCUGUUUGACACAUCCACCCCCACCCUCCCUAUUUCCCUCCCGCGAGGUCGGAUUCACUACCCGGUCUGUUUUGUAACCGGGGGGAAGUUGGGCUCAUUUAAAACUUUUCUGGCCGUGCUUUUGAUGCCACGGAAAUGGGACCGCGCCAACGGGAGAGCGUGUCCGCGCUUUGCAGAGAAAGUUUGCUUUGGACGGUGCUGAUACUCUGGCUGACCGCGUUCGUUGACGGGACUUGGAAAACCGGACUUUACAAAAGCUACUCAGCCGGGACUCAGCUGAGCAGAGACCAGGCAGCAGCCUCUCACUCCUCAGUCUAUCAGAAAAGGAACUGGUGUCCUCAUACGGUCACUAAGACAGUGACUUGCCAGGUGCAGAAUGGGACAGUCCUCCAGCGGGUCUACCAGACGUGCCGCUGGCCGCAGGGAUGUACAGGAGGCAGCUACAGGACCGUGGUCAGACCUUCCUAUAAAGUGGUGUACCGCACUGUGACCUCUCUGGAGUGGAAAUGCUGUCCAGGAUUCAGCGGUGCUGCCUGUGAAGAAGAAGCAGGGAACCAGCUUGUAGCUCAAGAGGCAGUGAGGAAAGCAUCCAUGCUACGUCGCCCGGCUGCACGCACAGGAGAGACAAUCUCCAAUUGUCUCAACUGCAGUCGAAUCACAGCUUUGAGUGACAGGCUGAGCUCACUGGAAGCGAAGGUCCAAUUACUGAUUGCCCCGGCCUCCGUAUCACAUCGCCACUUUCAGGGUGAAGGAGGAACUGCACCAGAGCCCUCAUUACUGGUGGGGGCUUUGCCCGCUCAGGGAGCUCCUGGUGAGCAGGGACCUGCAG